CAAACACAUAUAUUUACGAUUAGUAGGUUCAUGACACCAACUAAAUAACGUAGGAUGUACUAUAGUAACUAUUAAAAAUUUGGAAUCGGUGGUAUAGUUUUGUAUAUCAUAUCAUUGUCAUAUUUACAGGAUAGAGCGCACAUUCGAAACAAACUUUGUUUUUUAAUUCAAAAAUAAUUGUUUUUUUUAAAAAUUUGCAUACUAUUUUUUACAAAUCUAAAUCAGCAAAAAUGGUUCUUACACCGCCAAAUCAACAACAAGAACAAGCUAUCAAGAAUCUGUACUUCUACAAAGACCCUAAAGAAACUGAAGAAGAUAUUGACGCUUUGAUCGAUUGGUUGUCUAAACAACCGCAUUUACCUAAUAUAACAGAUCGAGUAUGGCUGAGACAUUUUCUCAUUGGUCGUAAAAAUAAUUUGCAAAGGACGAAAAAAGUUAUUGAAUCAUACUUCACAAUUCGUGUAGAAAUACCGGAACUUUUUGACGAUAUGACUAGUGAUGCUGUAUGGAUUCAAAAGGCAGUUAAAGUUGGAAAAAUGUCAGUUUUACCAAAAUUGACACCGGAAGCCAAUCGCGUACACAUUAUUCGGUCAAUUGAAAAUAAUGAUGGGGAAUUUGAUGCGAUGGCUAUGUGCAAAGGAUCAUUAAAAACGAUUGAUUAUUUAAUGCGUCGAGAACCUGUUUACGGAUUAGUGUUCAUACUCGAUCUUAAACAUUGCCAAUUGUCUUAUUUAUUGAGCUUUACACCUACAUUAACCAAAAAUCUAAUGCGAUGCAUAGACGAAGCUACGCCAUUGAGAGUAAGAGGUGUUCACUAUGUGAAUCCACCAAAGUUUGUCUCACGUUUAGUAAACUUCUUCAAAUUGUUCAUGCCAUCUAAAAUUCAAAAUCGAAUUGUCAUUCACGAAACCUACGAUACACUUUACGAACAUAUCCCCAGAGACAUGUUGCCGGACGAAUACGGUGGUACCGCGGGCAGUAUCGAGAAAUUUGAAAACGAUAUCAUGGAAGCGACAAAAGAGGAUGACGAAUGGUAUAGAAAUAUGCCAAAAGCCGAUUUAUCGAAACGACCAGUACAACCGAAAAAGAUUGAUAUGGAUAUGAGCGGUACAUUUAAGAAAUUGGACAUCGAUUAAACCACAAUAUAUCACUGAAGAAAGUAUAAUGUCGACAAUGUCGUUUACAGUAAACUAUAAAUUAUACUAGAGACUUCACGUCAUUGGUGAAUAAUAGAAAUUAAUUCAAACAAUAUGAAUUAUAAAUACAAAAUGCUAUAAUAGUAUUAAUAUAUACCCAUAUGGAUAUAACAUUUAAUAAUAAACAUUAAACACCGAUAGACGUGGUAUAAAUUCUCUAUAAUUGUACCUAUUUAAUAUAUUUAUUUAUUUAGAUAUAGAAAACAUAAUUAUUAUUUCAAUUUUUGUUUUGAUAUUAUAUUUAAAUGUAGUUUUUAGCCUGCAGUAAGGUACUCUAUUGUACUCACUGGUAAAGUAAAAUAGUAGAUUAAUCGGUAGAUAUUACUCAAUUUAGUAUUAUUUUAUUUUAUAUCUUUGGUAUUAGGUAUAUGCGUAAACUAGAAAGAAAUAUAUUAUAAUGUAUUCAACUAUGUAA